GGGGGCUGCAGGAGGCGAGAGAGACGGAUGCCUGGCACCAUGGGGCAUGGGUCAGCUUCAGAACCACAGGUUUGUUGAAGACUGAGGCAUCAGCGCUGGCUGCAGGCUCGCUGACUGACAGAGGCUGGCACUGCCCUCCCUCCCCGCCAUGGCAGAGGUGGCGGCUGAGGUGGCUGAAGUGGCUGAGAUGCCAGCACAGAUGUUACCAGGGGCGAUGGAGACAUCAACACUGCCGUUAGGAGAGAUGAUGGAGAUGUCGACAGAGGUGACUGAGAUGACACCUGGGGAGGCCCUUGCCUCGUCCCUUUUCUUCCAGCACCACCAGUUCAUGUGCUCUGAGUGCGGCAGCCUCUACAACACGUUGGAGGAAGUCCUCUCUCACCAGGAGCAGCACGUGUCUGCUGUCACAGAGGAGGAGGCGCUGGCCACCCAGGAUGCUGGCCUGGAGCCAGAACUCAUGGCAGGCACCGAGGAUGGGCCUUUCCAGUGCGGGGAGUGCAGCCAGCUCAUCCUGUCCCCUGGCGAGCUCCUGGCCCACCAGGACGCCCACCUCCGGGAGUCUGCGAGCCAGAUCCAGUACCAGUGUGGGGACUGCCAGGAGCUCUUCCCCUCUCCUGAGCUGUGGGUGGCUCAUCGCAAGGCUCGGCACCUUUCCACUGUGGCAGCCGAACCACCCGCGCCGCCCCCUCUGCCUCCCCCGACCCCAGCACCUCCCCUCCUUGCCCCACCCGAAGUGAAGAUGGAGCCCUACGAGUGUCCCGAGUGCUCCACCCUCUGUGCCACUCCCGAGGAGUUCUUGGAGCAUCAGGGCACCCACUUUGACUCCCUUGAGAAAGAAGAGCGCAAUGGGCUCGAGGAGGAGGAGGAAGAGGAGGAGGAUGAGGAAGACGAUGAAGAGACAGAGGAGGAAGAGGAGGUGGUGGCAGAGGUGGGUGAUGAUGCCCCAGGAGGCGACAGACCCACAGCUGGCCGGGCCCAGGGCUGUGGGGACUGUCCCCCCCGCUGGACGUCAUCCGAGGCACGCCGGCGACACCGGCGGGCAUCCCGUGGCCCGGCAUCGGCAGCCCACCCGUUCCACUGCGACCAGUGCCAGCGCAGCUUCAGCUCCGCGAACCGGCUGCUGGCUCACGGGCGGGCGCACGUCGGUGGCACGCACGAGUGCACCACCUGCUCCAAGGUCUUCAAGAAAGCGGCGUCACUGGAGCAGCACCUGCGACUGCACCGCGGCGAAGCCCGCUACCUCUGUGUGGACUGCGGCCGUGGCUUCGGCACAGAGCUCACGUUGGUGGCUCACCGGCGGGCACACACCGCCAACCCCUUGCAUCGCUGCCGCUGCGGCAAGACCUUCAGCAACAUGACCAAGUUUCUAUACCACCGGCGCACCCACGCGGGCAAGAGCGGGGCACCCCCCGCGUUGGCGGCCAGCUCCCCGGCUCCCGCCUCCGAGCCCUCGCCGCCCCCACCGCCGCCGCCUCCCGCCCCGCCUGCCCAGCUGCCCUGCCCCCAGUGCCCCAAGUCCUUCGCCUCGGCUUCCCGGCUCUCCCGGCACCGGCGUGCGGUCCACGGGCCUCCCGAGCGGCGUCACCGCUGCGGGGUGUGCGGCAAGGGCUUCAAGAAGCUGGUCCACGUGCGCAACCACCUGCGGACGCACACGGGCGAGCGGCCCUUCCAGUGUCACUCAUGUGGCAAGACCUUUGCCUCUCUGGCCAACCUCAGCCGCCACCAGCUGACACACACGGGCGCGCGUCCCUACCAGUGCCUGGACUGUGGCAAGCGCUUCACGCAGAGCUCCAACCUGCAGCAGCACCGGAGGCUGCACCUGCGGCCCGUGGCCUUCGCCCGCGCGCCCCGCCUUCCCAUCACCGGUCUGUACAACAAGAGUCCCUACUACUGUGGGACCUGCGGUCGCUGGUUCCACGCCCUGGCAGGCCUGCGCCUGCACCAGCGGGUCCACGCCCGAGCCCGGGCCCUGACCCUGCAGCCGCCCCGAUCGCCACCUCCUCCCCCGCCCCCGCCACCUGAGCCGCAGCAGACUAUCAUGUGCACGGAGCUGGGGGAGACCAUUGCCAUCAUCGAGACAUCCCAGCCGCUGGCACUUGAGGACACGCUGCAGCUGUGCCAGGCCGCCCUGGGGGCCGGGGAGGCGAGCGGGCUACUGCAGUUGGACACAGCCUUCGUGUGACGCAGCCGAAGAGCAGCAAUAAGAGAGGUUGCAACAUCGAUCGUGGGCACCUCCGGGAGAGAGGGGACCAACCCCCCGAACCCCCUGGCAAGCCGCUCUGGCACCCAGUUGGGUACCAGGAUCCACCCCGGCCUCUUAACCCACUGACUCCUCACAACGGCUCUGCCGGGUGCGCCUUGUCGCUUUUCUUUGCCUCAGGGGAAACUGAAGCCCUGAGACGUGACGUGAUCUGUCCCAGGUCACCCCAGUGCAUUACAAAGGAGCAUUUGCCGAGGCUCUUUGCUCUACACCUGUCACUCUGGUGCCCAGCAACGUCAGGUAACCUUUCCUGAGCCCCGAACAUGUGCCAGAUCUGUGCUGGGCCCUGUUGCAUACCUUUUCGGGUUCUCGCUUAUCCCUAAGACUGUCCCCUUCCCUGGACCCUGGGCACACAGGGACUUGGCUCUGCCUGGUGGUGAGAGAGGUACUUGACUUCUCUGGGCUUUCCUAAGCUCACUUAUGACAAUGUGGAAGGAAACCUCUAGGCAGCCAGGUACCCAGCUGCAGGCUGGGUGAUGCUGGGACCCCAGGAAUGACCCGGACCCAGACCCAGGCUCUUACGCCAGCAGGCGCUCAGUGGGGUACACACAAGUACAGAUGGCCUUGCUCUCUGA